AUGCUCACUCACAUUCGCCUCUGGACCCCAAUGUCCAUCGCCAAGACGGUCCUGCACAAGUUUGUUAGCUACUUGGUGGCGCCGGCCUCGAAGCUAAUCUGGAAACCUCGGUGCUCCGAGACGACCGCGUGGGAACAGACCCAGGGCAUCUCUGCCAAGGACAUGACAUCCAAGUACACAGGCCUCCGAGGCGACAGGAGUCAAGGAUACGGUUACAUCACGAACGAUGGUUCUGCCCGUGUGGCGCUUCGCUAG